AUGUCAGAAGUUAUCUGGUACUAUACCGAUCCAUCUGGCACAUUCUGGCAAUGCAAUGCAAAAGCAAUAGGAUCUGGAUCCGAAGGAGCUGAUAGUUCUCUUCAAGAGCAAUACAACAAGGACCUGUCCCUUCUGGAAGCUGAAACUAUAGCUCUUUCCAUCCUGAAACAAGUCAUGGAAGAAAAGGUAACCCCUAAUAAUGUUGACAUUGCAAAGGUGGCUCCUACUUACCAUCUAUAUACACCUGCCGAGGUUAAAGAUGUCAUUUCUCGCCUUUGAUCGGCAAGGCCAUUUAUCUUGUUAUCUGCGUUUCUUCGUACUUCAUACUACUUGCUAGAUUGCUGUUUAAUUGUGCUGGAUGCUGUGACCUUAUUGUGUUCUGGUUGCUUAUCCACUGAACCAUAUUCCGUUCAAAGAAGUUUAGUAAUGUCAUCUGCAAUUUCUCUAAAA